AUGCUUGUUAUAGGUCUCACUGGUGGUAUUGCCACAGGGAAAUCGUCCGUUUCGAAACUCUUUAAGGACCGCGAGAUACCCGUUGUCGACGCAGACAUCAUCGCUCGACAAGUCGUCCUCCCCGGGACACGGGCCUACAACCAAAUCGUCAGCACAUUCGGCAAAGACAUUAUCUUGCCUGAUGGCUACCUAGACCGGCCCAAGCUUGGAGCCAUAGUCUUCAAUGACGAGCAGAAGAGGAAGAAGUUGAAUGAUAUCGUGCAUCCGGCGGUGCGACGGGAGAUGUUAUGGCAGGUCGUGAAAUGCUGGAUGAGAGGAGAGAGGGUUUGCGUACUCGACGUACCUUUACUGAUCGAGUCGGGUAUAUGGAACUGGGUGGGGAAGGUUGUGGUCGUCUAUUGCUCAGCAGAAAUUCAACUCCAACGCCUCAUGAAGCGCGAUAACUCAUCACGAGAAGCUGCUUCUUCAAGACUCAAUUCCCAACUGCCCAUAACCGACAAACUGGAGUACGCAGACUACGUAAUCGACAACUCAGGUGGUCCAAAGGAGUUAGAGGACCAGGUCUCGACAUUCGUCCGAAGACUGCAGAACGAGGUUGGGUGGACAUGGCGACUAAGCUUAUUCCCGCCAAUUGGGUUGCUCUCGGCUUUAUUCAAACUGUUGUGGCGUAGGACAAACGCUCGCAUGCCAGGAUUUCGCUGCGAGGAACUGAGAUCGCUCGUUCUAGAAACACAUAAGAUCCAUCAUAACGUGCUGGAGUUGCCAUCGCUGGUGCUUGGGACAGCGUUGACGGUGGUAGCAGAAUGGAGGCCUUUAGCAUGUCUCGAAGGAGGCCAACCAUCUCGAGUUACACUAGGCCGAAAUGACCAGGAGAUCGAGGUGAAAGGCGUUCCUGUGGCGGGAGCGGUUCAUAUUCAUCGGAUGGCCCUGAUAAGCCUCCGCGACGUCCAGUACAGAGACGCGGGGCACUGA